CGAAGAAGCUUGACAAACGACGGUAAUCACAUAGUCGAACCCAGCCCAUAGCGUGCGUUGCUUGCUGCGACGAACACCAACCAUGGGGUUUGGCUGAGCAACUAGCUGUCAAAAUGCGUUCAAUCGGGUGGAGUGAGCGAGAAGAGCAACGGAAAGCCAGACUGAAACGAAGCACAAAUGUGACAAACGUCAAACAAAUUCAAAGUGUUGCCAAAAAUACAAACUGCUUUCGCGUCCUUGCUGGUGUACCUGCUCAAAUUCUGCACCCGUGCUGUGCGUAGCAUCGAAUUGUUGUUUGUUUUUUAGAAAUCUACCCGUUUCAUCGCAUUUGCGAUCGUUUCCAAACAACGAUUGCACACACGUGUCAUUUGUGCUACCCGGAAAUCGCUAUGAAUCAAGUCACACCAUCACCGAGAGCUCUGUUUAAAAAAGAACCGCCCGUGCCGAAGGACUACGAAAGUACGUCGUCCGAUGAGGAUGGGUACCUGUCGCCAUUCAAUGGAUCAGACGAUGGAAGUGAUGCGGUGGAAGGAAGUUUACUCGACGAGAUGCCACCGUUCUCUGCCUGCUCUAUGUCACCGUCGGCACGGUCACUCUCACCGAUCGAACAGGAAUCGUUUGAAUCGCCCAUCUCGACACCGAAAUCUGGCAGAAGCUACUCGGGCUGUAGCACACCGAUGUAUGCGACGCCACCACCAACACAACACCAAACAGGAUACGGAGCACAACCGGCGGAAGGGUAUGUUACGCUGGACGAAAUACAUGCCCGCAUCGGAUUGACCCCACCGGAUGGGAACGUUAGCCGGAGUCGCCUGAACUUGGAAACCAUCUUCGAAGGUGUGUUCCUGGAAACACCACCAAAGAAAGAGUUCCAGUCGAAGGGAAAUCUGUUCCGUCGAUCCAUACGAAAUCGUGCGUUGCUUUGUGAGAAAGCGGAACAGAAAGAAAACAUGCCCUGACGAGCGUGCCUGUAGGAUUGCUUUGUAGCCUGUUCAACGUUUAGGUAGGUAGGUGGAAUGUUUUAUAGUUUUGAUUUCUUGUUCAAUCAAUGUUGCAAUAUGAUAAUUGCACAGCGAGGAUUCAGUUUUUUAUACCUAGCAAUAGUUAGAAGCAAGCGGAAAGAUACCACCAUGUGGUUCAUUUUCAUUCCAGUUCGGUAGUUCGAUGUCUACCCGGGAAAGUACUUACAUUAUAAGCAAAGAAGAAACGGUCGUGCCUUUUCCAGGAUGUAUACGUUACUGAAAUAAUCGAAAGAAUAGCGUCGCCACAUGGCACACCGCGAGUUCGAUUAACUGUUGCGAGCAAGAUACGAAUAAAUACACCAUCCAAGUAUGCAUCGAUAGGUGUGUAGC